CAAAAACUCCCACCACUGGGAAUAAUAAUUACUGAGCUCGCUCUCCGUAGACGCACACGAAAAAAAAAAAAAAAGUAGAAGCCUUUUUUUGAUGGCCGGCGGAGGCCGCGAGAGCUCGGUCGCGGCCGCCGAUCUUGCCUAGAUGGCGGAGCGCCGUCUCGCCGUCCUCUGCUCCCACCUCCGCCCAACCGAUAUCGGCCGCCCUCUGCCGCUGCACCGACUGCCAGGAUGCUCCGAACCGCAGGCGGUCUCCGUUUCUUGCUGCCGUGGAAGCAGGGGUGAGGCAGGCGGGGAGGAAGGGAUCGGGAAGAAGCGCUGCGUCUUUUGUGAGAUCAUCCGAGGUGAAUCCCCUGCGUUCAAGCUUUAUGAAGAUGAUGUAUGCCUAUGCAUUUUGGAUUCCAAUCCGUUGAGUUAUGGGCACUCUCUUAUCAUUCCAAAAUCACAUUUUCCUUCUCUCGAAGCAACUUCUCCUCCUGUAAUAGCAGCCAUGUGUUCCAAGAUACCAUUUCUUAGCAAUGCAAUUAUGAAGGCUACUCAAUGCGAUUCUUUCAAUUUGCUUGUCAACAAUGGGUCUGCUGCAGGACAAGUAAUAUUUCAUACUCAUUUCCACAUAAUCCCUAGGAAAGCAGGUGACCAGCUAUGGUCUUCCGAGAGCUGUAGAAGGCAGCCCUUAAAACGGAAUCAGGAAACUGUCAAUCUCGUGAACUGCAUUCAAGAGCGGCUUUCUCCUCUUUCUAGUGAUAGCUGCAGGACUCUUGGCCUAAUGCUCCCAAGGUGUGUGCAAGAUUAGGGGCCUCCAUUUGUAUUUUAUGUACACUAGGGUCUUAUAUAUUUGUUCAAAUAAUAUCUAUUCAAGUUAAUUUUAGCAAAUAAAUUAUUUACUAAACUUGUGUGACAGCGAUGGUGAAUCUCACGAUGUGCAACAUUGUAAUAUUAUGACAUUUCAAUGAGCUUUUCCAUGUUAAUUUUC